GCGGCGUUCGGCGCCUUCUGACCGCCAUAUUGUUUGCAGUGAUUAACGCACGUCGUGUUUUUUUUUACACAGCAAAGCAUCAAUAAUAUAAAUAUAAAUAUCCUCAUAUUGUUUAUUAAAAAGCCGCAAAAAUUUCGCGCAAAGGCAAUAAUAUGAAGAAAAACAAAGAAGUGUCCGACGACGACGAAUAUUCAGCGGACGAUCCUGAGGAAAUGGGUGAAGAAGCAUCCGAUGAAGAGUUAGAAGGGGCAGAGGGUGGAGCUAAAAAGAGGCCAAGAAGAGCUGCUGCUAACAAGAAGAGACAACACUCGGAAGAUGAAGAAGAAGAAGAGGAAGAUGAUGAGGAUAAUGAAGGCGAAGAAGAUGAAGAAGAAGAUUCUGACUCCGAUUCACCGACAAAAUCUAAAAAGAAACGACGGUCCAAAAAAGAGGAGGAUGAAGAUGAGGACUCUGAUGACAACAGUUUUCAUGAGUCGUCUGGGAUACCACCAAAGGACUACACAUCAGGGGCAUUUGUUGUUGCUAAAGCUGAUGUCGGUGGUAGCAACGAUCCAACUUUAUGGAGGAUAGACGGCAAAGCUUUGUUGCAAAAAUAUUUACCAUUUAAAGAAGAAGGCAAAACUUUAUACAAAAGCACAUCCACGUACUCGGGAUGGUCAGCAAGUAAUAAAGACAAAUACUUGGCUGCUCAGGUUACCUUCAAGGUGCAAAACAGAAAUGAAGUAAUCGUCGAGCUUCAUCUCGACGAGCAACAACAGCAAGAAGUUGUAAAGUAAGCCCUAUAAUUAAUAAUUAUCAUCAUCAACAGUCCUCUGUCUCUCUGUCUUAAUAAUUAUAAUGGCAAACAAUAACAUUUUUUUUUUAUUUAUUACUAUUUUAUAUUUUUCGCGAUUAUUUUUUUCGACCGCCAAUACAUCAAAGGAUUUAAUAUUUCCAGAUCGUAGACUGGUAUUUUUUUUUUUUAAGUUUUACCAAUGCAACAAUUACCAUAUUUAUAACGAUUUUAAUUUAUGAGAGAACAUGAGGCUCGUAAUUAAUAAAAUAAUCAUAAUUAUCGAUAUGUCUAUUAAAUAAUUUAAACUUACUUAUACUUUUUCCGGUUAUAAUUCUUUUUUUCUAGAUUUAAAUUUAAAUUAUCGAUUAAAAAAUUUUAACUGGUCAAAACUCUACAGUAAAAAUUUCUUUUUUAGUUAUCAAAAAAAAAAAAAAAAAAAAAACGGAUUUAAUGUUAAAUAGUUAAUUGAAGUUUAAUUAAAAAAUUAAAGUUUUCAUGCAUUUAUCGACCCGGUCUUUGCUAUUCUAUCAAUCUAUCAAAAUGUCUGUCGUAAAAUUCAGUUUUAAAAUCGUUAUUAUUUUAAUAAAAUAAAAUGUAAACAUGAAGACCAUGCUGACGAGUCAUUAAUUUAGUGGAUAAAAAAAUUUCAAAUUAUUAAUUAAAAAAAAAAAUACUUGCAAAAUUAUAAGUAAAAAUUUUUUUAAACAUUAACUUAACAUAUUAAUAAAUAAAUAAAUAUAUACAUAUACUAUUUAUCAUUAAAAAAAAAAUGAAAUCGAUAAUUAUAAUUCUGUAAUGCAACGUGUUCUAAUGUAUAAUUAUAAAACAAAAUUACGUUAAUUAACUGUAAUUAAAUCCUGAUAAAAUUUUGUAAUUAUAAUGUGUAAGUGCAAAAAGAUAAAAAAAAAAAUUAAAAAAAGUAUGGUCUUCAAAUUUUUUUGUCGUUCAUUAUGAUAAUGGUU